AUGGUGAGAAGUCCUUUCUUUGACAAGAAUGGAUUGAAGAAAGGUUCAUGGAGUGAUGAAGAAGAUAAUAAGCUGAGAGCUUAUAUCCAAAAAUAUGGCCAUUGGAACUGGCGUCAACUCCCCAAGCACGCAGGUCUUUCUCGAUGUGGGAAGAGUUGCAGAUUAAGAUGGGUGAAUUACUUGCGACCUAAUGUGAAACAUGGGAACUAUAGCAAAGAAGAGGAAGAUAUGAUCAUGAAAUUACAUGACAAACAUGGAAACAAAUGGUCAGUCAUUGCAACACAUUUACCAGGAAGAACAGACAAUAAUAUAAAAAACUACUGGCACACUCGUCUUAAGAGACGUGUGAAACCAAAUCCAAUGUCUGAAGUAACUGCUGAAUCAAGUGUAUCUUCUCAACCUGAAGCAAAUCAGAAAGAGAAAUUUCAUGAAACUUCCCUAAGUGAAGGCAACAAGGAGAGAGAAUCGAAACUCGAAAAUGAUGUUGAUGAUGCUACAUCUCACCAUCCUUUGGAAAGCACCCCUAUAUCCACAAAUUUAAGAAGCACCACUUUGGCUACGGAAGAUAGGAUUUCCUUCCAUUCACUGGAAUUUUUCGCCGACCCACUUGGAAAUUUCUGGAGUGAACCCUUUUUGGUUGACACGUUCUACGACCAACAUUAUUACUCACCAUCUUCAACAGAGGGAGGGUAUAUGCAUCCAUACAUGUUUUACAACAAUGAUGAUAUUAGUUAUUUCGAACAAUUGAUGCUGUAAUGCCCAUAUAUGGCGUGUUUUUGUGUUAGAUGUAUAAGUUGUGUCUAAGAGAUUGUCAGAACCUUAU